AUGUCGGGCAUACCGAUACUGGAAACCUACACAGCGGCGAACGAAGGCAAGGAUCCUAUCGUAUACAAUGCUGAUAAAAAGCUAAAAGUUUCAUGCACGCAGAGCGGCGCAACAGGCUUCGACGAUAUUAAUGACGUCGAAACAAAUUUAUGUGCUAAAAAGUAUCGGAACGAUUCAGUCAGCAGGACGACGCCUACCUCAACACACUACCAGAACAUUUUCAUGUUGGGAAAAUUCGCAAAAUAA